CAGCUGUCCCAACCAGCCUCCCUCAACACUCACAAGAAACCCGCAGGCCGCAGCUCCCACUUCCCAAAUCAGAUCUGAAACCCGAGCAACCUCACCGCCGAUUGCCGCAGUCUGAGCACGAUGUUCGAUUAUGGCAGCAAAGAGGACAUGAGCAAUGUCUUCUCCAUCUCAUGCGAGCCCCCGACGCACCAGCGCCUCAACGACGAGGCCCCUACACCCACCUGGGUGUUCCUCGAGCCGAUGGCGUACCUCGCCGAUGUGAGGAACGGCACCACCGCGGCGGCCUUCUCGAGCGGCGGCCACAUUGUCCAGGCCACUGUCUGCGUCACCGACCCACUCGGCGUCUCCUACCUGUGCGUACACUACCCCGACCUCACGGAAGCCGAUUGUGGCAGGCCCAUCAUCGUCUGCUCGGAGAAGGACUUCCUCGUAUUCUCCGUCGUCUUCAUGCCCGUCCUCAGAGGGCGCGAGUACUUCGUCUACAAGGCCGGCCUCGUGCCGUCGUUGCGCCUGCUCCCAGAUCCCUACCCAUACAUCCACACAUCCUCAGAUCUCGGCCUCCUUCCCCGUGACGACAAUGACCAUUUUGUCUUGGCCGCGUUGUGCUAUUCACCGACCCCUUGGUUUUUUACCCUCCAUGUCUUCUCCUCCAGGACCUGGGUUUGGAGUUGUAAAGUGCUGCAGGUGGAGGUAUCGUCCCAUGUCAGAGCGCGAAUGCCCUCAAUUCUAGCUUCCAAGGUGAUUCAAUUUGGAGAAGGCAUGCUCGGAUGGGUUGAUUUCUGGACUGGGAUUCUUUUCUGCAACGUGCUCGAUGAAAUGCCUAUGGCGCGCUUCAUCGCAUUGCCUAAGGUGAUGCCUGGCAACAGGGACCACUUGAAAUCGUCCUUGUGGCCAGUUCGAAAUGUUGCAUACAACAAUGGUAUGAUCAAGUUUGUUGAGAUAGAAAAGCAUGAAAGACCAGAUGUUGAUGAAAGGUCGUAUGAUGACAUGGAUACUCUCUAUGAGUCGGACUGCUUGAUGAACCCCAAAGAAAUUGGUUGGAGGGCCAUGACUUGGUACAGAAUGACUUCUUGGGACCAUUGGAGCAAGGGAUUCAUGGUUUAUGACAAAGAAAUCUCGGUUGACUACCCAAGUCAUUCUAAGUUGUUACCUGACCUAACUUUGGGUGACACCUAUGCAAGAGAGUUAACAUUGAAGGACCUGCUAGCAUCUCACCCUGUCCUGAGCUUGACCUGUGAUUGUGAUGAUGUUGUUUACUUGUUGUGUAAAUCCAAAUUUUGCAACAUGAAGACUUGGUUGAUCGGUGUUGACCUGAAAAAGAAGACAUUGGUUGAUUUGGCUACAUUUUCUCUUGAAGAAUAUUUUACCUCGGUCCACCCUUCUGCACUGUCCAAGUAUCUGAACAUAGCUCCAGCAAUGGAAGGUACUUCAGGAGGACAAUGAGGAGCUUGUGACAAAGACAUUUUGCUCUCGAGACCCAUACUCAUCAUCUCAAAAGCCAACUUAAGCUUCCAUGAAAUGCAAACAUGGAGAUCUUUUGUGGUGAACCUAUCUUCUGUUGUUCGUCCUUUGCAAGACUCUACUAUUCCCAUUUUUAUUCAUUGGCAUAUUCCUUGUUUUGUUGUUACCUGUGAGUUGCUACCUACCAUUUCAGUAUUAUUAGCUUAACAUUAUGUCUAGUUCUACAAAGUAUGUUGGUAUGGUUAA